AAUUUUAUAAGCAAAAUGAGUGAUAUGGCUGGUGGAGUUAUGCAUGCUGCAAGGUUCUCGGAGAUGGCUGUGAAUGGGGAGGCGCCCCGCAGCCGCUCCUCAUCCUGGUCUUCAUGGCGACGGCCUAGCCGGCUGCCUAGACCUGAACCACGGUUAUCCUUGCAGUAUCAGACUGAUGAAAACAGCUUCCUGCUUCGCUUGCGGAUCAUAGGAGCGUAUUCAUUGGCCAAAAAAGACAUCUUCGGCGCCAGCGACCCAUAUGUGCGUGUGGAGCUACAGAAGGUGGACGGUGACGUCACUAUAGAGACGUUUCUCACUAAGACCAAGAAAAAGACACUAAACCCAGUAUGGAACCAAGAGUUCGUGUUCCGCGUGAAGCCCUCGGAGCACAAGCUCCUCAUCCAGGUGUUCGACGAGAACCGCCUGACCCGCGACGACUUCCUCGGCAUGGUGGAGGUGCCGCUGGCGGGCGCUCCGGCGGAGACGGCCGCCAGCCCCAGGCCUCCGCCGGUCAAGUACGCGCUCCGACCGCGCAGGUCCGUUGCCCGUUCCCGAGUCCGUGGCCACAUAGAAGUUUACAUGGCGAUCGUCGGACACGGCUCGGAGACAGAGGAGCCCCGACCAGACGACUGGGAAAUGGUCGAGCCCAGCCCUCAAGUCGGCAAUGUGCAACCGGUGGUGGGAGGAGACCCGCUGCCGCCGGGCUGGGAGGAACGCCAGGACGCAAACGGACGCACGUACUACGUGAACCAUGUUGCCCGGUCCACUCAGUGGGAGCGUCCUAGUGUGGGCUUUACGCGUAACAUGAGCACAGAAUCGCAGAAUGAGCGCAUGGAAAACGCAGCCACGGAGUUCCAGCGGCGCUUCCAUAUCUCGCACGACGACGCCGGCGCGCAGCGAGCGCAGGAUAGCAAUAGGAGCGACGAGAACUCCACAGAGGUGACGCCAUUUUCAUCCCCCGUGCGUUCCCUAGACCGGGAUUCGAAUCCCGAAGUGCCUCAAUCUAGCUUAAGUAAUACCUGUGAUAGUAAUUUAAGGGAGGAAGAUGAUGUAGUCUGCGCGAACGAAAUUAGACAGAGAGAUGUAGACAACGAAAAUGUUGCUCAAGACUGUGAUACGAUCUCUAGUCAAAACGACCAAUCGGAGAACGCUGAAGCGAACCAAUCAGAAAACGCGGAAGCGAGCCAAUCGGGGAAUGCCGAAGCAAACCAAUCGGAGAACGCGGAAGCGAACCAAUCAGAGAACCCUGAAGGGAACCAAUUAGAUGUUGAUAAUGGCGAAGCUAGUGGAAGUAGUGUAGCACCUGACCAUUCAGAAGCGAAACCUGAUACAGAAAAUGAAGAGACUGCUGAAAAUGCAGAGAGCGCAGAAGGCGAAACAGCGAAUACAGAAACGGACGAAAGAGAUUCAAAUGUAGAAGCUACCGCUACAAGCGUAGAAGGAACCGACAACGCUGAGGUAGAAACAAGGAGAGUGGAUGAAAGAGACGCAGAUAGCAUAGAGAUAGAGAUAGAAGAGGCGCUAACGUUUGAUGAGAAUCACUUCAGUACGCCCACUGGGGGCACCACGCCAGAGAGAGGGGCGUCGCGGCGACGAAUGACCAGCAGUUCUAUGGAUGAUACUGAGGACGAAACUGAUAACCAGUCUACGGACAGCACUAGAAGUACCGCCAGUAGUCAACAGAGCCAGAAUAUACCCAAUAGUGAUGGUUUGCCACAAGGCUGGAGUAUGCAGCGAGCGCCCAAUGGCAGGAUAUUCUUCAUCGACCACAACCAGAAGACCACCACCUGGAUAGACCCCAGAACAGGGUGCGCAUCUCAUCUACCAGCGGUAGCGGCGGCGGGAGCGGAAGCGGACGAGUUAGGCGCCCUACCGGAAGGUUGGGAGGAGCGAGUACAUACCGAUGGACGGAUCUUCUUCAUCGACCACAACACCCGGACAACGCAGUGGGAGGACCCUAGACUGUCCAACCCUCAGAUCGCGGGACCCGCCGUGCCUUACUCCAGGGACUAUAAGCGAAAAUACGAGUACCUGAAAAGUCAAUUACGUAAACCGAGCAACGUCCCUAACAAGUUCGAGAUCAAAGUCCGAAGAAACUCCAUCCUCGAAGACUCGUACCGCAUCAUCAGUUCAGUCAGCAGACUCGACCUGCUGAAGACCAAGUUGUGGGUCGAGUUCGAGUCCGAAGUUGGUCUGGACUACGGCGGCCUAGCCCGAGAAUGGUUCUUCCUCCUCUCGAAAGAGAUGUUCAACCCCUACUACGGCCUCUUCGAAUACUCCGCCAUGGACAACUACACACUCCAAAUAAACCCCAACAGUGGGGUGUGCAACGAGGAACAUCUCAACUACUUCAAGUUUAUAGGGAGAGUCGCUGGCAUGGCGGUGUAUCACGGGAAACUGCUAGACGCGUUCUUCAUCCGUCCAUUCUACAAGAUGAUGGUAGGCAAGACCAUUGAGCUGCAAGACAUGGAAUCCGUGGACCUCGAGUACUACAACUCACUCAUGUGGAUCAAGGAAAACGACCCGUCAGAAUUGUACCUAACGUUCUCAGUAGACGAAGAACAGUUUGGAAAAACCAUCCAGCGAGAACUGAAGCCAGGGGGCGCUAACAUCUCCGUCGACAACGACAACAAGGACGAAUACAUCAAAUUGGUGAUCGAAUGGCGUUUCGUGAGCCGCGUCCAGGAGCAGAUGUACGCGUUCCUCGACGGGCUCGGGGGUCUAGUACCCCUCCCGCUGCUCAAGAUCUUCGACGAGCACGAGCUGGAGCUGCUGCUGUGCGGCAUCCAGCACAUCGACGUGCGCGACUGGCGCGCCAACACCCUCUACAAGGGCGACUACCACGCCAACCAUCUCGUGGUGCAGUGGUUCUGGAGGGUGGUGCUAUCUUUCUCCAACGAAAUGCGUUCCCGACUACUACAGUUCGUGACGGGUACCUCCCGAGUACCCAUGAACGGCUUCAAAGAACUAUACGGGUCCAACGGACCCCAGCUCUUCACUAUCGAGAAGUGGGGAGCGCCUGACAACUACCCCCGGGCUCAUACAUGUUUCAACCGCAUCGACCUGCCCCCGUACGAGAGCUACCAGCAGCUGCGCGAGAAACUCGUCAAGGCUAUCGAAGGCUCCCAGGGCUUCGCCGGCGUCGAUUAAGCCCCACAACAUAACGGCACUGUUGAAAGACAUAACUAACACGACAGUUACAU